AUGGACAUGCCGAAGAGGAGGACGUUCUUGGCCGAUGUAGAAGCUGCGGGAGAGGAGGGCCCUGACCUUGAUGGAUGCCAUGCAAUGGAAGGUAGCUCUCUUUCUCUCUCUCCCCUCCUCUUCCUCUUUGUGCAAUAUCGUUGCUUACAUUUUUCAUAUGCCCAUAGCGUACAAUCUUCAACUGUACUGGAUUGUUGCAGAUUCGUGUUGGACGAGGGCAACUACCCUGUCAACGCCCCACUCAAUGAGACCAUCGCCAGCAUCCAGUCCCAGGUCGCCAAGAUUGAGGACGGCAUGAAGCAACAAUGCAGGGGUGAUGGCAACACGUUUCUCCCUCAAAGGAUGGCAAGAUUGCAACCAACCAUGUCGGAGCUCGAGGUCUACAAAAUUUGAAGUUCGAAACCAUAUAGCUCUACUCAGCAAAGAGCCGUCUCUUCUGUUUGAUUGUAAUAGAAUGUAAAUACUGUAAUAUUGUAAUAGUAGGCAUAUCUGGGUUGUA